AUGGUCGUUGUACAUAGCGGCAAGAAGAAAAGGGCUACUCUCCGUGGUGCUUUCAGUCACGAAGGAAUUCAUGAGUUUUUGUGGUCCAUAUUGGUAGGGGACACAAAAGUACCCCUAUUCCCAGUUCAAACGAUGCCUACCAUUGAAAAAGUGGAUGGGUGGGAUGGUCAAGAUGCUCCGCCUAUCGAGGAGGAAGAGGUCGACUUGGCUGACUUGGGCAUCAAGGUCGAUCUGUAG